CAAUCGGCGCUAAGCCAAUCUUGGGUAGCACACAUUCAACCCACCACCCACCCCACGAAGGCCUUUAGUUUAGAGGAAAAGGGUAAAGCAAUUAUACAAAAUGGGAAGAGAAGAACAAGUUGAGGAGAGGGAGGUCCUCGAUAGUAUUUUCCCAGAUGAGAUUCAUGGUAUGGUAUUGCGAUAAUUUCAGCUAUUGGUUUUCCCCCCCUAACACUUUUCACAGAUAUAUCAGAGACAGAAUAUCGAGUAUCGAUUCUACUAGAUGUCACAAACGCAGAUGGCGAUGAUUCGGAACCUCCUACUAUGCUCCUGCAAGUCAAAUACCCAGAAGAAUAUCCUGAAGAACCACCUGUUCUAGAUUUACUCCCAACACCGAAUGCGCCCAUUCAUCCAUACUUCAGCGUCGCAACUGAUAAACAACUUCUUCUCGAUGGAUUAACCGAGACAAUCGAGGAGAAUUUGGGGAUGGCCAUGGUGUUUACAUUGGUGUCUACCUUGAAAGAAAAUGCAGAGCAAGUUAUUGCGCAAAGACAAGAAGCGAAGGAGAAAGAACAUGAGGAGAAGUUGUUGGCUGUAGAGGCCGAAGAAAAUAAGAAGUUCCACGGAGAGCCGGUGACGAGAGAGUCGUUCAUGAAGUGGAGAGAGGCAUUUCAAAAGGAGAUGGAGGAGAUUAAGCUUAAGGAGGAGGCGGAGGAAGAAGCGGUCGAGAAAAAGAAGAAUAAAGGGAAGGAUGCCGUUGUUGCACUAACUGGGAGACAACUUUGGGAGAGAGGUAUGGCUGGGAAGGUUGAGGAGGAUGAGGAUUAUGAUGAUGUGCCUGUCGAGGGUGUGGAUAAGUUAAAGGUGGAGGCAUGAAUGGUAUGAUGAAGAUUAUUUCCGGUACGGAGUUGCAUUGCUGGCGUUGGCUUUGGACAAUCUACAGGGAGAAUACCGUCCAUAAAAUAACUCAAGAUACUAGGCUAAGUAAGGGAAAUGGUAGAAUAAUAUGUCAGAUUCACAGUUCAUAUCGAGUACAGAUACGUCAAUGGUA